AUGGAGCGGCGGCUGCGCGCGCUGGAGCAGCUGGCGCGGGGUGAGGCCGGCGGUGGCCCCGGGCUCGACGGCCUCCUGGAUCUGCUGCUGGGGCUGCACCACGAGCUCAGCAGCGCCCCCCUCCGGCGGGAGCGCAACGUGGCGCAGUUCCUGAGCUGGGCCGGCCCCUUCGUAACGAAGGUGAAAGAGCUGAGGCUACAGAGAGAUGACUUUGAGAUCUUGAAGGUGAUCGGCCGAGGGGCCUUCGGGGAGGUCGCCGUGGUGAGGCAGAGGGACAGUGGGCAGAUUUUUGCCAUGAAGAUGCUGCACAAGUGGGAGAUGCUGAAGAGGGCCGAGACUGCCUGUUUCCGGGAAGAGCGGGACGUUCUGGUGAAGGGGGACAGCCGCUGGGUGACCACUCUGCAUUACGCCUUCCAAGACGAGGAAUACCUGUACCUGGUGAUGGACUACUAUGCCGGUGGGGACCUGCUCACUCUUUUGAGCCGCUUUGAGGACCGCCUUCCGCCCGAGCUGGCCCAGUUCUACCUGGCUGAGAUGGUGCUGGCCAUCCACUCCCUGCACCAGCUGGGCUACGUGCACAGGGAUGUCAAGCCGGACAAUGUCCUGCUGGACAUGAACGGGCACAUCCGCUUGGCUGACUUCGGCUCCUGUCUACGUCUCAACAACAAUGGCAUGGUGGAUUCGUCGGUGGCAGUAGGGACACCGGACUACAUCUCCCCCGAGAUCCUGCAAGCCAUGGAGGAGGGCAAGGGCCACUAUGGCCCACAGUGCGACUGGUGGUCACUGGGAGUCUGUGCCUAUGAGCUGCUCUUCGGGGAGACGCCCUUCUAUGCUGAAUCCCUGGUGGAAACCUACGGCAAGAUCAUGAACCAUGAGACACCGAGGGGCAGCAAGGCCUCCUUAUCCCAGACGGAUGGUGGUAGCCCAGGCCGGGACUCGGACCUACAGCAGGAGAGAGACCGGCUCCUCCGGGAGCUGACCGAGGCUCAGGCAGGGCUGCAGGCCCAGGCAGGGGAACUAUGCAGAGCCCAGGAGCGGCAGGAGGAGCUGCUCCAGAGGCUGCGGGAGGCCCAGGAGAGAGAGGCAGCCACGGCCAGCCAGACCCAGGCUCUGAGCUCCCGGCUGGAGGAAGCCCAGGAUACCAGCAGGAGGCUACAGGCCCAGGUGGCCACCCUGUGCCGGGAGGUGACACAGCUCCAGAGACAGCGGGAACGAAGCACUGAGAAGGAAUCUUUGCGGGUCAAGACCAUCCACGCCGCCUCUGAGACCAACGGCACGGGGCUGCCCGAGGGCGGGCCUCAGGAAGCGCAGCUGAGGAAGGAGGUGGCCGCCCUACGUGUGCAGCUGGAGCAGGCCCGUGGCCACGGGCUGAGUGGGAAGGAGGAGGCUCUGUGCCGGCUCCAGGAAGAGAACCAGAGGCUGAGCCUGGAGCAGGAGCGGCUGGUAGGAGAGCUGGAGAGGGAGCAGCAGAGCAAGCAGCAGCUGGAGGGUGAACGGAGGGAGACGGAGAGCAACUGGGAGGCUCAGAUUGCCGACAUCCUCAGCUGGGUGAACGAUGAGAAGGUCUCAAGAGGCUACCUGCAGGCCCUGGCCACCAAGAUGGCCGAGGAGCUGGAGUCCCUGCGGAACGUGGGCACCCAGACGCCCCCCACCCGGCCGCUGGACCACCAGUGGAAGGCACGGCGGCUACAGAAGAUGGAUGCCUCGGCCAGGCUGGAGCUGCAGUCGGCGCUGGAGGCCGAGAUCCGGGCCAAGCAGAGCUUGCAGGAGCAGCUGACGCAGGUGCAGGAGGCCCAGCGGCAGGCCGACAGCCGUCUGCAGGAGGCCGAGCAGCAGAGCCGGGGCCUGCGGCAGGAGCUGGCCGCGCUGCGGGAGGAGCUGCAGGCCCGGGGGCCAGCGGACACUAAGCCCUCAAAUUCCCUGAUUCCGUUCUUGUCCCUCCGGAGCUCAGAGAAGGAUUCCACCAAGGAUCCUGGCAUCUCGGGAGAGGCUCUGAGGCCCGGUAUGGAGCCCGAGCUGAAGCCAGAGGGCCGCCGCAGCCUGCGCCUGGGGGCUGUGUUCCCCAGAGCGCCCGCUGCUGUCACCACCCCUACAGAAGUUCCUCCCGCAAAGCCCGGCUCACACUCGCUGCGGCCCCGGAGCUUCCCAUCCCCCACCAAGUGUCUCCGCUGCACCUCGCUGAUGCUGGGCCUGGGCCGCCAGGGCCUGGGCUGUGACGCCUGUGGUUACUUCUGUCACUCAGCCUGUGCCCCCCAGGCCCCGCCCUGCCCCGUGCCCCCUGACCUCCUCCGCACGGCCCUGGGAGUGCACCCCGAAACGGGCACAGGCACGGCCUACGAGGGCUUCCUGUCGGUGCCACGGCCCUCGGGGGUCCGGCGGGGCUGGCAGCGGGUGUUCGCCGCCCUCAGUGACUCCCGCCUGCUGCUGUUUGACGCCCCUGAUCCACGGCUCAGCCCGGCCAGCGGGGCCCUCCUACAGGCGCUGGAUCUGAGGGACCCUCAGUUCUCAGCCACCCCCGUCCUGGCCUCUGAUGUUAUUCACGCCCAGUCCCGGGACCUGCCACGCAUCUUUAGGGUGACGGCCUCCCAGCUGACGGUGCCCCCUGCCAUGUGCACCGUGUUGCUGCUGGCAGAGAGCGAGGCUGAGCGGGAGCGCUGGCUGCAGGUGCUGGGCGAGCUGCAGCGGCUGCUUCUGGACACGCGGCCAAGGCCUCGGCCUGUGUACACGCUCAAGGAAGCCUAUGACAACGGGCUGCCCCUGCUGCCCCACGCGCUCUGCGCCGCCAUCAUCGACCAGGAACGGCUUGCUCUGGGCACCGAGGAGGGGCUGUUUGUGAUCCACCUGCACAGCAACGACAUCUUCCAGGUGGGCGAGUGCCGGCGGGUGCAGCGGCUGGCCGUGAGCCCCACCGCGGGCCUUCUGGUUGUGCUGUGCGGCCGUGGCCCCAGCGUGCGCCUCUUCGCCCUGGCCAAGCUGGAGAGCGCGGAGGUGGCGGGUGCCAAGAUCCCCGAGUCUCGAGGCUGCCAGGUGCUGGCAGCCGGGUGCAUCCUGCAGGCCCGCACGCCCGUGCUCUGCGUAGCCGUCAAGCGCCAGGUGCUCUGCUACCAGCUGGGCCCGGGCCCAGGGCCCUGGCAGCGCCGCAUCCGUGAGCUUCAGGCACCGGCAGCCGUGCAGAGCCUGGGGCUGCUGGGCGACCGGCUGUGCGUGGGAGCAGCCGGGACCUUCGCACUCUACCCGCUGCUCAACGAGGCCGCUCCCUUGGCCCUAGGGGCCAGUCUGGUGCCCGAGGAGCUGCCACCAUCCCGCGGGGGCCUGGGCGAGGCGCUGGGCGCCGUGGAGCUCAGCCUGAGUGAGUUCCUGCUGCUGUUCGCCACGGCCGGGGUCUACGUGGACAGCGCCGGCCGCAAGUCCCGCGUCCAUGAGUUGCUGUGGCCGGCAGUGCCCACGGGCUGGGGUUAUGCAGCCCCCUACCUGACAGUGUUCAGCGAGAAUUCCAUCGACGUGUUUGAUGUAAGGAAAGCAGAAUGGGUCCAGACGGUGCCACUCAAGAAGGUGCGACCCCUAAACCCAGAGGGCUCCCUGUUCCUCUUUGGCACGGAGAAGGUCCGCCUGACCUACCUCAGGAACCGGCUGGCAGAGAAGGACGAGUUCGACAUCCCCGACCUCACUGACAACAGCCGGCGCCAGCUGUUCCGCACCAAGAGCAAGCGCCACUUCUUCUUCCGCGUGUCGGAGGAGCAGCGGCAGCAGCGGCGCAGGGAGUUGCUGAAGGACCCCUUUGUGCGCUCCAAGCUCAUCUCACCGCCCUCCAACUUCAACCACCUGGUGCACGUGGGCCCCACGGACGGGAAGCCCGGCGCCAGGGAUCUGCCCACGGCUCCAGGAGGGAAGGGCCGAGGUACCCGCGGCUCCGGCCCGCAGCGUCCCCACAGCUUCUCGGAGGCCUCGAGGCGGCCAGCCUCCGUGGGCAGCGACGGGCUCACUGGAGACGCGGACGCCAUGAAGAGGAAGCCUUGGACCUCUCUGUCCAGUGAGUCCGUGUCCUGCUCCCAGGGAUCUCUGAGCCCCGCAGACUCCCUGAUACAGGUCUCAGAACGGCCCCGGAGCCUGCCCCCAGCCCCUGAAUCAGAGGGUUCCCCUUGA